GGUCCUUUCACCCAUCCCAAUUAUCACCCUGAAGGCAGGAAUAUUGGGGGGGGGGAUUUCCUGCAGCAAUCCAGGUGAGUGUUGAUGGUGUUACACAAGAAUGCUAGUUGUUGAGAUGGAGGAUCGGUUGGUUUCUGGAUGUAUUUUGAACUAGAGCUCCCCAUGUUUUAUGUAAUGGAGAGCGAGGGACUCAAGGAAGUGGGCUGAUAGGAAGAAUUGGGGAUGACUUCAGGUUUCUGGGCUUGUUGGGAAGGAUGGAUGCCUCAUCAACUAAAACGGGCAAAGUCAACUUUAGGAGGAAUGUUCAGGUGGAAUAAGAAGAGUCCGUUUUUGUCCAUGCCACAAAUGUUCCAGAGACUCCCAAGGGGAGGUGUUGAGUGGGCACCUUUACACAGAGGGCUGGAGUUCAGAGGACGGAUUCAGGAUGGAGACGGCCACAACAUAGUGGCCGGUGUGUGGACUAGGAUGAAGCUGAAGGUAAGUUUUAGGCGGCAUCAUUUCUAGUUUAUGGUGGCGAUGCCAUUAGAGGACAAGGAGUGAGAAUGAAGGGCCUCAGGACUAAGUCUGUGGGUUGGGUACCUGGCUGGUGGUGAUGCACAUCACGAAGACAGAUGAGGGAGCAGAGUUUCCUUAUCUGUGCAUGACAGCGGGAUGUAGGCUUGAGAAAGUCUUCUGAGGCCAGAGCAGACAUGAGAUGGAUGUCGAGGGAGGAAAUGGGGUCAGCUAGGAGAGUUGCUAGACUUAGGGCGCAGUGACACUGUGGGUGGGGAGGUCGGUGUACCUGGGCUUCACGUGAGGAGAGAAGGUGCUGACUGCUUAUGGGACAGUUCAUGCAACAAGGAAGGGGGAGAGGGCUAAGGGGUCAUGAGGUCUCACAUAGGAAGGGUGGCUGGGGAGGAAGGAAAAAACAGGGCCAGGUGGUGAGACCGUCUAAGCAGGGCUUGGGGCAGGCCCUGGCCCCAGGGGACUUUGGUGUUCAGGGACAGGACUGGGCUGAGUUGAAUGCUGGAUGCAUUUCCAUUCCAUGCCUGGAUUCCGUGUGCAGAGUGCCCUGUAAGGAGGUGAAGGAAGUGCCUAUGGUGUGGGCUGGGGCUGUCUGUGGAACUGUCACUAUGGAAAGGUUAGAGUCAUGAGGAAGGUGCAGUCCAACGAGUGAGAUGCAGUUUUGGCAGGACCAUGUGGUCUUUGAGGACGUGGCUGUGUAUUUCUCCCAGGAGGAGUGGGGCCUCCUUGAUGAAGCUCAGAGACACUUGUACCAUGCUGUGAUGACGGAGAACUUUGCACUUGUGACCUCCCUAGGUUGUCAGCACGGAGCCCAGGAUGAGGAGGCACCUUCUGAGCAAGAUGUUUCUGUAGGAGUGUCACCGGUCAGGACUCCAAAGCCAGAUCCAUCCUCCAGGAAGGCCCAGCCCUGUGAGAUAUAUGGCCCACUCUUGAAAGACUUUUUGCAGCUGCUUGAGCAUGACGGAAUGUUCUCUGAUCCAGGACUAUACUUUGGUGGGGCAAACCUUUUCCAGCAGCAGAAGGAGCAGAUUAGAGACAACCUUUCCAGAAGGGGUGAGGGGCAGCCUUCAUUUCUGACCAACAGCAGCGUUCACAUGGCAGAGAGGACCUUGACAUGCAACAGAGACAGAAAGGACUUCCCAGGCAGCACAGGCCUUCUGCAGCAGCCGGCCCCUCACAGUGUGGGGAAGCCACACAGGGACACUGAGUGCAGGGAAGCCUGUGGUAGUGGACAGAGUGAUUACAGGUGCACUCAGUGUGGGAAAGCCUUUAGCCGAGAAAAGAUGCUUGUUGAGCACCAGAAAAUCCACACUGGAGUAAGGCUUUAUGAGUGCAGCAAAUGCGGGGAAUUCUUCAAGUACAACGCUAACUUCAUAAAACAUCAGAGAAUUCACAGUGGAGAAAGCCCUUAUGAGUGCAGAGAAUGUGGAAAAUUCUUUAGAUACAACUACAGACUGGUAAGACAUGAGAGAAUUCACACCGGAGAAAGGCCUUAUGAGUGCAGUGAAUGUGGGAAAUCUUUCAUGUACAGCUCCACAUUCAUUAGACAUCAGAGAGGUCACAUUGUAGGAAGGCCUUAUAAGUGCAGUGAAUGUGGGAAAUUCUUUCAGUAUAACUCCACACUCAUUAAACAUCAGAGAGUUCACACUGGAGAAAGGCCUUAUAAGUGCAGUGAAUGUGGAAAAUUCUUUAGGUACAACUCUGCAUUCAUUAAACAUCAGAGAGUUCACAGUGGAGAAAGGCCUUAUGGGUGCAGUGAAUGUGGGAAAUUCUUUAGGUACACCUCCACACUCACUAGACAUCAAAGAAUUCAUACUGUAGAAAGGCCUUAUGAGUGCAGUGAAUGUGGGGAAUUCUUUAAGUACAAGUCCAAGCUUAUUAAACAUUGGCAAAAUCACACUGGAGAAAGGUCUUACGAGUGCAGUGAAUGUGGAAAAGGCUUCAGGUACCACUGCAGACUCAUUAGACAUAAGAGAGUUCACAGUGGAGAGAGGCCUUAUGAGUGCAGUGAAUGUGGGAAAGCCUUUAGCCAUAAGAAUGUACUUCUUCAGCAUCAGAAAACCCAUACUGGAGAAAGGCCUUAUGAGUGCAGAAAAUGUCAGAAGGCCUUCAUUAGGAAGUCCUACCUCAUACAUCACCAGAAAAUCCACAGUGAAAACGAUAUGAGUGCCCUUAAUGUGGCGAACUCUUUAGAUACAACUCCAACCUCACUGAGCAGAGACUUCACAGUGGUAAAAACAUUAUGAGUUCAGAGAAUAUGGUAAAUUCUUUAGGUACUACUCCAAACUCCUUACACUGGAGGAGCACCUUAUGAGUUGAUGUUGGAGUGGGCCUUAUGAGUACAGAAAAUAUGGGAAAUUGGUACAGCUCCCCACUCAUUAGACACUCAUUAGACAAGAGUUCACACUGGAGGAAGGCCUUCUGAGUGCAGUGAAUGUGGAUAAGUCUUUAGGUGAAACGUCAGGCCCAUUGCACGUCACAGAUUUCACAAUGCAGAAAGACCUUGUAAGUACAGUGAAUAUGGGCAUAUGUUCAGCCAAAACUUCCACCUCAUUCAGCACCAAAAAUUUCACAACAGAGGGAGUGUUGCAAAUGGGGAAAGACUUCAGUAAAAUAUCUGCUCUAAUCUAUCCUUAACAGUAUCCUCAUAUAGUAUUUUUUUUUUACAUUUUACAUUUUUGAUUGUAGCAAAAUACAUGUAACAGUUUACCCUCUACCUUUUUAAUUGUACAGUUUAGUGUGUUUAAAAAUUCAAGUAUUUGUGCAACUAAUCUCCAGAAUUCUUUUCAUCUUGCAAAAAUGAAACUGUAUACCCAUUAAACAACAUCUCUUCCUGUGCCCUCUCUAUCGGACCUGUCUCUAUGAAUUUGAUUACUCUGGAUACUUUAUAUAAGUGUAAUCAUACAUUUUUCAUCUCUUUGUAACUGGCUUAUUUAGCUUAGCAUAAAUUCCCCGUGUUGAAGCAUUUGUGAGCACUUCUUUCUGUUUUGAGAAGGAAUCAGAAUUGACCCACCCAAGACAUGGGGAAGGGUGCUGAUGGAGUCAGUACUACCUUGCCAGAUACGAUUUUUGUAGAGGAAGAGAUUUAGAUUUUAUUAACACCUUUACUGUGGUACUGACAUACAAUAAACGGCAUUUAUUAAAAAUGUAAGAUGUAUUUUCACACGUGUGCGUAAUGGGACCAUCACCAAAGUCAUGAUAAUGAACAUGUCUGUCAUAGAGUUUCCAUUGGCCCCUUUGUAUUCUCUCAGCCCUAGCCAACCUGCCAUCUCUAGGGAGACAUUAUAGUUUUUUUUCGUUGUUUUUUUUUUUUUUUUUUGGCUGUGCCACGCAUCUUGCGGGAUCUUGUUCCCUGACCAGGGAUUGAACCCGGGCCCUCAGCAGGGAAAGUGCGGAGUCCUAACCCCUGGACCGCCAGGGAAUUCCCAAUAUAGUUUUUAUUUUCUAGAAUUUUAUAUAAAUGGAAUCCUAUAGUUACUCUUGUAUGGCUGCUUUCACUAAGUGUAUAAAUAUAUUUUUAGUGUUAUCCCUUUUGUGUGUGCAAAAGCAUGGCAUCAUAUAAGAAUAAACAAGGCUCUGUUAUGUAGUAAAGCUGUGUGUUCUGACAGGCACUUUGAGAAAAAGUUGUUUAAAGUGGGAAAGUGAAGUCUAAGUAAAUUUAAAUUCAGUUUCAUAGGAAAUUAAUAUCUUAAAAAAUUUUGAACCAUCUGCCUCGUAAACAAGCUUCCACUGAGGUGGAUGGAGUUAGAGUCUGUCAUACAGAGUGAAGUAAGUCAGAAAGAGAAAAAUAAAUACAGUAUGCUAACACAUAUAUACGGAAUCUAAGGGAAAAAAAAAAAAAAGGCCAUGAAGAACCUAGUGGCAAGAUGGGAAUAAAGACACAGACCUACUAGAGAAUGGACUUGAGGAUAUGGGGAGGGGGUGGGGUGAGAUGUGACAGGGUAAGAGAGUGUCAUGGACAUAUAUACACUACCAAAUGUAAAAUAGAUAGCUAGUGGGAAGCAGCCGCAUAGCACAGGGAGAUCAGCUC